AGAAAAGCGUCGCCUGGACCGCGCGCAGCAGCGACACUCGGCACUGCAAACGCCCUCGGGAGACGCUGCCUUGGUAGCUGGCCCGGUCGCAUUGCAUCUCCCAGCUCCAGGACCUCGGGAGGAGACGGAGGCGGGUGAGAGCAGGAAUCGGGAAUAAGCAACAAUGAGGAAAUCACUUGGGACCAGUUGGAUUUUACUUCUCCUGCUCCUACUCCAAAUGGAACCCUCUCUUUCCAAGAAGAAGCCUAAACCUGGGGGUGGCUGGAAUACCGGGGGCCAGCGCCCACCUGGUUACCCCCAGCAACAUCCUCCAAACAGACCUAACUAUCCACAAGGCGGUUACCCUCAACCUUAUCCUGGGCAUGGAGGAGGCUACGGAGGAGGCUAUGGAGGUGGCUAUGGAGGUGGCUAUGGAGGUGGCUAUGGAGGCAGCCAAUAUGGCAAGCCCUGGAAGCCCAAACCACCCAAGCCCAAGAUGAAGCACGUGGCAGGAGCAGCUGUGGCCGGAGUUGCGGCAGGUGCACUGGGUGGUUACCUCUUAGGCCGUGCCAUGUCCAACGUGCCGUUUAUGUUUAGCAAUCCUUCUGAGCAGCAGUGGUGGUAUCAAAACCGUGACCGCUACUCCGAUCAAGUUUACUACCCAAAGUAUGACCAACCAGUUUCAAGGGACAUCUUCGUGAGAGACUGCACGAAUGUCACCGUGACCGAGUACGUGGAGCCCAGUGGGAACAAGACAGCAGAUGAGAUGGAGAGAAAGGUGGUGACCCAGGUGGUACACCAGAUGUGCACGGAGCAGUACAAGUUGAUGUCAGGGGUUGCUUCGCUGCUUGCCAACCCUUCUGUGCUUGUAAUGGUCACCCUGAUCUUAUGUUUCCUGAUACACUGAGUUGUUUUCCUGAAGAUUCUCUCUUGUUGAGCUAGCAGUGUGGAGAAGGGACCUCUAUAAAAAAAGUAUACACCUGCUGGGAGAUUACAUUCCUGUAUGUGCAAUUUUUAAUGGGUGUGUGUAAGAAUUGUUCUAUCUCCUAAGUAUUCUUGAACAUACUGGCUUCUUCUGAGCACACCAUGGUCCCUUCAUAACCACUGUGAUUCUGUCUUUAGCUGCAAAACAUUUUUGGGUGGGGAAAGGAGGGACAUAAGAUCACUUUAUAACAAACCCACCCUGCUAGAAAUCUCACUCCAUUCUCAAAUAUUGACCAUUCAGCCUGCGCUUGCACACAAUAUAGUAACAUACAUAAGAACGGGCAAGUAAUUUUUGGCCAGCUGCCACUAUAUUGCACCUUGCUAGAAAACUUUUUUGUUUUCAUAUGUAAUGCAGCAAUCAUUUUGUAUUAUCACAAAGUCUGGCACCCUAAAAGACCAACUAUGUCUUCACAAGGAAAGAUUUGCAUUUUUUUAAAGGGCUUUGGCAACUAGAGUUGUACGAUAGCCUUGGAGCUCUUGAGUGGCCCGUCCACCAUGACUGAUUCACACAUGGACAUUUUGAAGGCUAUUCCACAUGUAAGAAUAAACUUAUGGCCUAUGAAGCACAAUUGUUGCCGAUACACAGCAUGUGAUUGAUCUUGCUGAGGCCGAGUACUGUAGCCUUGAAACAAAAAUACCAUGGUGGAAAUACUUUAAUAAGAGCAGAAAAAACUUAAAAUUAUAACUCAGUUUUUGGAAUGUGAAUGAGCAGAUUGAAAUAUCAUUUCUGUUAAGAAAUAAUUUCUGAAAUGAUUUCCAGAAAUCUAAAGCUAUUGAAAACUUUUCAUUGCCACAGUGGUAUUUCAGAGUCCAAGGGUAUGACGAAAAAUAUCCCUUAUAAGUAGACUGAGAAUAUGAAAGAUAUAGUCAUCUGCCAGAGAGGACUUCAACUUCUCUCCUCGUAAGUGAUAAUUGUUCUGAUUCAAAUGGGACAAGCUGAUCAGAAAGUUUAAUAUUAAUGAUUCAGUUCAACGUCAGGAGUAAGGUAGCAUCCAAUAGUUCCUUGGACCACAAAAUCACUAGGAAUUUGAAGGUUUUAACUCUGCAAAACUUUGGGAAUAACUUUCACUUCUAGGACUUCUGGCUUCUUUGGAGAGUCAGAGAAAUAUUCAGAAAGAAACUGGAAUUUAGAAUUGUCUCUGGAACAACUGGAGAACCCAAAAGUGCUGCUAAUUCACGGAACACUUUUGGAAGUGGGGAAAUAUGUCAUCAGUGCUGGUGUCUCAGCAGGCCCUAAUAUUGCUAGUUAGAACAUAAAACAUGCAUCAUGGGGCUAGAAGGGACGUCUUGUCCAGCCCCUUGCUUGAGGCAGGAGACCUCAUACCAUCCCAGUCUAUUAAGCAAGAAGGAGUGGUCCCCUUUAUCUUCAACUAAAGGCCAGAAUAAGUUCAUGGAUGGUCUUCUAAUGAACUUUGAGAACAAGAGCCUAUUGUUGGGCUUCUGAACUGAUUUUACAGAACCAUGUUUGACAUCUGGCAUCACUUUAACUACAUUAGCAUUAUUCUUGAAACAUGAUUGCUACAAACACUUUGCUUUUUCCACAGCUUGCUUUUGCUUUCUUAUUGUUUUAUGUAUUUACUUGAGGGUUGGGAUGCAAAAUCUGACAUGGCCUCUACCAGAGUCACAGGGUGGGGGGGGGGGGUGUUUGUCCAAAUGUUUUUGUUAGCAAAGUUUGUAUGUUUGUUAUUUCUCCACUGUAUACAGCAAGCUUUAGAAUAUUAUGUCUAGAAACACAACAGCCACUGGAAUUUAGCUAGUUUGAAGAUGCCAUAAUUAUUGAAUUUUAAGACCUAAUUGAAAAUUGCACUUUGGGUUAUAAUAAUUUUGUCUGUCCUAAUACUAUCAGCCUCUGGUAUUUAUAAAAGGUACUUUAAAAAAAAAAGACUUACUGAUUGACACUGUGCUUAUACCAAAUAUAAAAUUGUAAGUGUGGUAAAAAUAUAAUGGGAUAUGUUCUUCACCUACUGAGUUUAUCUGGUAUAAAUGUCUGGAAGUUCUUUGAAGGGUUUCAUUAGUCGGAACCAUGACAUCAUAUGAAUAUUUUGCCAGGUUGUUGUAAAGGCCAAAUUUAAAUAUUGUUGUUUUAAUAUAACAGCCCCCCCCCCAAAAAAAACCUGAAUUGUGGAGAAGGGGAAAAUGAUGGAUUUUGAAGUGACAUAUCUGUUGUCAUCAGGGUAUUUUGUAACUCUGUAGCUUUGCAUGGGCUUCAUUUUGAUUUGUAAAUGCUUUUUUUAAAUUAAAUGUUUGAUAUAAAGUUAACAAUAAAAUACAAAAAAAUAAA